AUCAACACCGUCGACGCCUUCCAGGGCCGCGAGAAGGACUUCAUCCUGCUGUCGUGCGUCCGCGCGGACGGCGCCGGCGUCGGCUUCCUCCGGGACGCGCGGCGGCUCAACGUCGCGCUGACGCGCGCGAAGCACGGCGUCGUCGUCAUCGGGUCGGAGGCGACGCUCCGCAGCGACGCGCGCUGGCGGUUCCUGCUCGACUACGCGCGGGACCGGGGGUCCGUCGUCGACGUGCCG